AAACCCCCCUCUCCAAAUCGAAAACCCCUCUCCUUUUGAAAACGAGACGCUCCUCACUCCAAACAGGCAAAGCAGAGAUAGCGCACAACAACAAUGUCGGGUUUCUCCUUCGGAUCUUCUUCUUCCCAAUCUUCUGCAUUCUCCUUCACAAACCCUUCUUCUUCUUCUUCUUCCCCGUUCUCACUUAGCUCCACCCCCGCUUUCUCAUUUGGAUCCUCCUCUCUCUUCACCACAAACCCUACCUCCGCCGCGUCUUCUUCGCCCUCUCCUCUCACUUUCUCCUUCGCUUCCUCUGCCUCUCCCGCACCCGCAUCCGCCGCCGCCGCCGCUUCUUCAAUCUUCGGUGCCGCCACUUCUGCCUCCCCCUUGUUCUCUUCUCCCGCAACGGCGCCGUCUGGGGCUUCUUCCUCGUCCGCAAUGACGCCGUCGUUUGGAGCAGCAGCUUCCUCCGCCGCGGCGUCGCCUUUCGGUGGCGGAACGCCCUCUGCCAAAACGACGCCGUUUGGAGCAGCAGCAUCCUCGGUUUCAACUAAUCUGUUUGGAGCAGGGUCCUCUGCUUCCACUACUCUAUUUGGUGGAGUAUCCUCUGCUUCAACGACGCCGUUUGGCGGAGCGCCCUCAGCUUCAUUAACGGCGUUUGGUGGAACGCCCUCAGCUCCUACGGCGCCGUUUGGCACAGCUUCCUCAACGCCAACAACAACUACAUCCACGACUCUGUUCGGUGGAGCGUCUUCUGCUUCAGCGACGCCGUUUGGAGUAGCGUCCUCAGCUUCAACGACGCCGUCUGGUGCAGCGUCUUCAGCUUCAACGACGCCGUUUGGUGCACCGUCGUCUGCUUCAUUAACGGCGUUUGCUGGAACGUCAUCUUCAUCGACACUAUUCGGAUUCAGCGGAACAGCUUCUGCAACGACGCCGUUUGGUGGUAGUAGUAGUAGUAGUAGUACUGCCUCUGCCUCUGACUCAAGUUCAGCUUUUGGAGCAUCUUCUUCAGCCGCAACGACGCCGUUUGGAGCGUUGAAUGCUUCUUCUUCAGCUGCAAAUAGCUCUCCUUUGUUCUCAGGUGCAUUUGCUAAUACCGGAGCUUCUUCGUCCGCGGCCUCAACGACGUCGUUUUCAGGGUUUGCAAAGCCGUCUACUCCUGCCGCUACAACGGCGUUGUCUAGCUCUUCAGGACUCUCCCUCGCUUCUCAACCCUCUUUUGGAUUUCCCAAUGCAGCUUCGGCUUCGGCUUCUUCAGCUGCUUCCACAGCUUCUGGUACACCGGCGGCUUCGAGGCCCUCUUCGGGUUCAACUUUUUCGUUCACCACGUCUUCGGCGCCGCUGUUCUCGACGGUGACGACCACCACCACCGCCUCCACCGUGUCUACCGGCAGCACGACCUUGGCGCCUUCUGUGCCUGCAUUUGGUGCUACUGGUGCUGCAUCUUCUGCUGCCGCGAGUGCUUCCGCAACUCCUGUUGCUUCUACUGGUGCUGCAUCUUCUGCUGCCAGUGGAGGAUCGUCUUUUACAGGAUUUGGCGUUGGAAGCACAGCGACCACUGCUUCUUUUGGGACUGGGUUUUCCUUUUCGAAUAAGUCGUCAACGGUGGCAGUUUCUAGUGUUACCGCUUCUGCAUUUGGGGUGAGCACUUCAACCUCUACUGCUCCAGCAAUUUUGAGUUCCAGCUCUAGUGCAACUCCGACAUCAUCCGCUCUUGUUGUGGCUUCCACUAGUGAAACUACUUCAACUGUCAGCACUUCAGUUGCUGCUGCACCAAAAUUGCCUUCUGAAAUCACAGGGAAGACGGUGGAGGAGAUUAUCAAGGAGUGGAAUGCUGAGUUGCAAGAGCGAACUGGAAAAUUUAGAAAACAAGCAAAUGCAAUAGCUGAAUGGGAUCGCAGGAUUUUGAACAAUCGUGAUGUUUUAUUGAGACUUGAGAUUGAAGUGGCAAAAGUAGUUGAGACACAGUCAAAUUUGGAGAGGCAAUUGGAGUUGAUAGAGACUCAUCAACAGGAGGUUGAUAAGGCUUUACAAAGUAUGGAGGAAGAAGCGGAGUGUAUUUACAAGGAUGAGCGUGGAUUACUUCAUGAUGAUGAAGCUGCAUCUACAAGAGAUGCAAUGUAUGAGCAAUCUGAAUUGAUUGAAAGGGAACUUGAGCAGAUGACUGAACAAAUCAAAUCAGUUAUCCAAUCCCUUAAUUCAAACCAGGGUGGAGAACAUGAUACCCUUGAUGGAAUGACUCCAUUAGAUGCAGUAGUUCGAAUUCUAAAUAAUCAACUAACUUCUCUGAUGUGGAUUGAUGAAAAGGCUGAAGAAUUUUCUUCCCGUAUUCAGAAGCUAGCUAACCCAGGUUCUGCUACAGAUCGUGAACUGACGGGUCUAGGAAUCUGGAUGUCCUGAUAUUUCAAAUUGUACAGUAUAUCAACCCUUUCAAAAUGGGAUGAUACACCUAGAAGAUUUUCAUUUGUAUGAAGAGGCUAUUUUUGUAUUUAGAUUCGGGAUGAACUGUUUUAGUUUUAGAAUGGUUACGGGUUACCUUAAAGUUUUCUAUUAAAUUUCCCAAUAUUACUUCAAUACUUUUCCAUUGAAGUAAAAACCUCGUUAUGAAAUGAAAUAUUGUGAAGACUUAAUGGUAAAGAAUGAAAUACCAAUUUUAAAAUA